UUGUCCCCUUUUAUCCAUUCUCUCUCCCUCCUCCCAUUCAAUUCUCUCUGCUGCCUCUUGUUUGCUUUUUUUUUUUUUUUUGGGUAUUUUCAUUGUAAAUGUGUUCUUUUUUGUUAUUAUUCUCGCUGAAUUUCUUAGCUACAGUAGAUUUUUUCCAUUCAAAUUGUAACAUUUGCUAUGUUUAUGCUAUUCCUUGAUCUUUUUCUCAAGUGGGUAUAUACAUAAUUUGAGUUUACCUGUACUUUGUUUCCGUAAAUUCUCUUCUGCCUCCGCUAUUUAUAAAGCUAAUGACAAGAGGGUUUCUAUUAUUAUUGUGAAACUGGUCGGUUUUUGCUAGUGGGUGUUAUUUAAUUUUGUUUGUCUGUAACCUCUUUGUUCUGUAUAUAAAUAGUGUAGAAGAUAAAGGAAUUUUGUUCCAGAAUUCCCUGGUUUUAUCUUCUUCUUCUUCUUCUUCUUCUUCUUUUUCUUUUUUUUGGGGGGUGGGGUGAAGAAUUUAGUUUUUCUAUCCCGGUGAAAACCAUAUUCGCGAUCUAGAUGUGGUGCCUGGGAUGAAAGCUUCAACUGGAGAGGAUGGGAAGGGUUAAGCUAAAGAUAAAGAGGUUAGAGAGCACCAGCAAUAGACAAGUGACCUAUUCAAAACGAAGGAAUGGGAUCUUGAAGAAAGCUAAGGAAUUGUCUAUAUUAUGUGACAUAGAUAUAGUCCUCCUCUUGUUUUCUCCAACGGGAAGGCCUACAUUAUUUCAAGGAGAGCACAGCAAUUUUGAAGAUGUUUUUGCAAAAUUUGCUCAAUUAACUCCGCAGGAAAGGGCAAAAAGGAAAGUGGAGAGCCUUGAAGUAUUGAGGAAAACCUUCAAGAAAUUGGACCACGAUGUGAAUAUACAAGACUUUUUGGGUGCAAGCUCUCAAACAGUCGAGAAAUUGGCUGAUCAAGUCAGGUUGUUGCAAGCACAACUUACAGAAAUACAGAACAGAAUGAGCUAUUGGAAUAAUCUUGAUAAGGUUGAUAGCAUAGAACAUCUCAAUCAAAUGGAAAACUCACUGAAAGAGUCGAUUAACCAAAUCCAUCUCCAGAAGGAAAAUAUUGGGAGGUGCCAACUUGUGCCACUAGAAUGCAAUAGCCAGUUUCAGAAUGGAAUGGAUUUACCAACUAUUAUAAACAGCAUGCAAGAGGCCCAACCUCUAUCAUGGCUUCCAAAUGAUAGCAAUCAACAUCUGAUAAUAUCCAAUGAGCAAAACUUUUUGCCUCAAAGAGAUAUGGAAGGGUCUACCAGUACAUCACUUCCAGGCUGUUCUGGUUAUUAUGAUCCUGGCAAACACUCUGAAAUUGGGAAUCUGGGACCAGUUGAUAACAUGGGACAGGAUGGUGGUGCAUUAUGCAAUUUAAGUAGCAAUACAUGCUUAAGUGUACAACUUGAUGAACAAUUCUCAUACCAUCCAUUUAGUAGUUUAAAUUUGCCUGAAGUGAAGAAAAUGAAGCCUGAGAUGCAGAUGAACUCCCAAGGAGACCAUUCUGUUUAUCAAGUUAAUGGCAAUUUUGAACUGACUAGACCUAUAUAUGACAAUGGCCAUCAUACUUGGGGUUCUGCAUCUGGGCCUUGCAGCGUUGCAAUGUUUAGUGAGAAUCAGUAUCACCAGCAAGCAAAUUGACCGCGAGGUAAACAUUCUUUAUCCUUUGAUGGGAGGAGUUAUUGCUGGAAGAAUUAGCGGUGUAAUUUUGAAUAUGUUUUGGACCAGCCAUUUAUGGCCAGGAAGGUCAUAGGACAGGACUUUGAUUUAUGGAAGACAAAUCAACAGAGAAAUGGAGAGCCAUCUGGAUUUUCUCUGGCGACCCGGUAUGUUAGGCUUUUAGCUGUAUAUCUGAUAUACACAGUACAUAAUUUCUAGGUCAUCUGUAUAUAUUUGAUCUCUACGUAAGCUGUAUUUUAAUUUUGAUUUCUGGCAAUAGGCGUCGGUCAUACAAUGUGUAUAUCUAUAAAUUUGCAGAAAUUGAAAGCAAUAUGAGCAGUAGUUUCAUCGUGGUUAUAAUUCAGUUAGUCCUAUCGAAUUGUUAUUUCCAA